CUCCUCAUCCUUCCUCCCUCUGCUGCCUGCCCGCUACAUCAGGUGGUGCAGCUGCACACAGCCAUACACAAGGCGGGCAGGAAAACGCAUUAGCGUUUUAACAGUUAUGUGUCACUUACAAACAAGCUGGAGAUGAUGACUCUGAGCUGAAAUUGAGGAUUACAGACAUCGGAUUUCCAACAUGAACACGAAGAACUGCACGGGAAAGGUUUCUCCACCUGAAUCAGAGAGAUGUGUCUGAGCCGAACCCAGCACAACUGAGGCAACAUGUUUGUGAUGGGCCACAAUCAGCUCCCACCUCACCUAAAGAAGUUCAGACGAUUGGUGUACAUCAGUCCUGUCAUCACCAUCCUGUCUCUCAGCCUGCUGGUGUGGACCUACAGCUCCGACAUGAACUUCCAGUUCAUCACCCGGUACUACCAUGCCACCAGUGAUCCUCAGACCCCAGUGCAGUUCACACUGCCUCUACACCGUGGACCAGGACAAAUGGGUCCUGAGGAACAAAAGCUGUCUCUCAUGGUGGUCAGCGGGACAAAGACUGUGUUGGUGGCAGCUUAUCAGGAGCACCGCACAGGGCAAAAAGAGGUUCGUAUUAUUGCAGUGGUGCUGAGGAGCGAGACAGUUGCCUAUCGCUGCCUCCUCCGUUGCCAGGAGCAACUGCGCAUCUCUGAAGGUGUCAGCACCACCCACAGUGAUCACUUUGGCUUUGCAUACGGGACAGCAGACAUCAUGUGUCCUCUCCCCUUGGGCUGUGAGACCGCAUCUCAUGUCACUGUGAUCUCUGCUGCAUCUGACUCAAAAGAUACACUUGACAAAGAGUUUUUGGAGGUGAAGAACCAGAAGGUGCAGAGUGACUCCUUUCCUUACAACUUCGUCAUCUGCCUCUCCACCAUGUUUGAUUUUACAAACGUGCUACAGCUGGUCCAGAGUUUGGAAAUGCUGCACUUACUAGGGGUUAACAGAGUUGUCAUCUAUAAGACCAGCAACAGCCCUGAAACGCAGCGCAUACUGGACUACUACAAAUACAAAGGUUUUGUAGAGGUGAUUCCUUGGUCUCUGUCCAAAUUUGUGAGUGUAUCUCGAGGCUGGCUCCCCAAACACGGUCCAGGUGACCUCCACUACUUCGGCCAGAUUCCUGCUCUCAACGACUGUCUUUACAGAUACAUGUACCAAUCCAGAUACGUGGCCCUGCAAGAUAUGGAUGAGCUCAUACUGCCUCAAUCAGUCAACAGUUGGUCGGAGCUGGUGCCACUGCUGGAAAUGAAAUAUGGCAAGGAAAAGUGUUACAUGUUUGAGAAUAACGUGUUCCCCAACACCGUUUCACUGCCUCCACCCACCUUUCAAACUCUGCCCCCGCCGAGUUGCUGUCCCGGCUGGGAGAAUGUGUCCGGGGUAAACAUCUUGGCUCACUUGUACCAAGAACCCAUCAUUACAGAGACACGUUACACCAACUUCAAGAUCAUUGUCAACCCCAGAGCUGUGUUCUCCACGAGCGUCCACGGACUGCUGAGCUCACUGAUAGACUGCUCCUGGGUUGACAGGAACAUAGCACGGAUGUACCACACCAGAGCUUCAAGACAAACUGAGCUGACAGCAGACGAGCUGAUUUAUGACGGCCGACUGCUGAGCUACAGCACCAAACUCAUACCAAACGUCAAUGCUGUGUUCAGAGAGAGUGGACUUCUACCAGAGGGGAGCAUACAGUAGCCUCUGUUUGUCUGUGUGUGUGUGUGUGUGUGUGUGUGUGUGUAAAAGAGAAAGAGAGAGAGAGAGACUUAUCUGUCUCUUGAAGGACUUGAAGAAAGCUUUGUCUUUUUGACUCAGCAGUUCAGAAUCAUCUCAGAAGGAUACAUAGUACGGUACAUUUUAAUCAGCCUACUUCAAACUCAAAGUUGGCAAGUUGGGUUUCAGAUCCUUAUUCAACACCACACUGUGGUUGACAACAUAUUGCUUUUUUAGUCAGCUGAACUUGGUAGCAUGUUUAGUGAGAAAAUCUAGUGCAUUACACCCUCAAAAAUAUGUCAUGCAUCAUGCAAAAGUAUUCAAAGACACGAAUACACAGAGUACACAGCCAUGUUGGUGGCUCUAUGAGGCUGACACUGUUUAUCCUGAGGAGAUCAUAAAUGUCUGAACUAAAUUUUAUGACGCUUAAUCCAAUAAUAGUUGGCUACAAAUUUAGACUACCUGACUGUUAAAGCAGCUGUAAACUUUGAUAAAAUGUUAACAAGUUAUUGAUGACAUAACACAACAACAAACAAAUGAAAGCUGGAAGUCAACACCUGUAGUUCUAAAUUAAUUAUUUUAGUAAUCUUUCAUGUGAAACAAACAGUUUGGUUAGUAGAAAAUACUGUAUUUAUUUAGCAACCAAAUGCAAGCAGUCAUCAUUUGAAAUUUACGGUCAAUUGAUUGAUGAUUCCUCCCAAAUUAAUUUUCUGGACAUUCUGAUCAUCAGAGAUUAAGACAAAUUGGCAACAAAUCCUUAUAGAAAACUGAUAGACAAGCAUACAGUAUUCCAUCCAUCCAUUUUCAACCGCUUAUCCGAAGCCUGGUUGCAGGGGCAGCAAAGCUGAGCAAAGUUUUCCAGACGUCCCUCUCCUCAGCAACACUUUCCAGCCCCUCGUGGAGGAUCCCAAGGCAUUCCCAGGCCACAUGAGAUAUGUAAUCCCUCCAACAUGUUCUUGGUCUGCCCGGGGGCCUCUAACGGGAGGUGUUCAGGAGGCAUCUUAAUCAGAAGCCCAAACCACCUCAACUGACCCCUUUUGAUACGAAGGAGCAGCGGCUCUACUCUGAGCUCCCUCCAGAUGUCCGAGCUCCCUACCCUAUCUCUAAAUGCUGAGCCCAGCCACCCUUCCGAGGAAAACUCAUUUUGACUGCUUGUAUCCACAACCUCAUUCUUUCAAUCAUUACCCAGAGCUCCUGACAA